AUGCUGCUCGUUUAUGUAAAACUAUUGCUUUUGCCCAUGAUUUCGUCUGGAUUCUGUCCAAUCACGCCCUCACGAACGGCCCCGAUCACCUCGGUGUCGAGACGGGAAAUUUUUCCCGGCGAUAAUUGGAGAGCUUUCAAGGCAUGUAAGGUGACGUCUGUUGGCUGUAAUCUCUGUACAAUCACCAUGUACGUCUCUGAGCUCGUCGUUCUGUCCCGAGCUGGUUCCCCAGUCAUCGUCCCAGUCUCGAUCUACCCGUUUCCAACAAGUGAUAAUGCAUAUAUUUCGCUUGACUUUUCCCAACCGAAAUCACCGGAGCAACCAUAUUUUGUGAUGUUGGGCGACAAGAUGAACGGAUCGAUCGUCGCCGGGACAAUUGAAUGGGAAACGAUUGACCGCGACUGCGCGUUGACCGUCUAUUCGGGUACCACAAUCGACACAAAUCAGGAGCCAUGGUUGACGAUGAAUAGUUGUGAAAUAUCGCAACGUUCCAACGUUCGUUGGCAGGCCACGAUCCAGCAGCUCACUUUUCGCGUCUCGAGUGGCCGAUGUGCCUUUUGGAUGACAAUAAUGACUGAGGACUCUGAUGACUCUUUCCCAAGAGCCGACCAUCAAUUCUUUGCACAAACGACACCCAAUCCCGCAUGUGUUCCGACGACGGAGAUGUCUAGUCAAAAGCUUGAGAAAGUCUGU